UUUCUAUUUCCCUUAUCUCUUUUUAAAUACCAUGCCUACAUCAUAUUUCCCAGCUGCAAAGUCAUUUGAUGAUCAACGUCAACAUCAGGAUUUACUGAGACAAAGCGACUAUGAAGGUUUCUCGAAAAAAAUGAUCAAUACUAUUGAUGUACAAGAAGUCGAUGUCAAUCUCUACAUGUCAAAAGAACUCUGGCAACCAGUUGGAAGUCGUGGAGUGUUUGGAGGUUGUAUUGUUGCUCAAGCCCUUCGUGCUGCCUGGUAUACCGUCCCUGACAACUUUCACAUUCAUUCUCUCCAUAGUUAUUUUAUCUUGGCUGGUGAUGUUGAUAUUCCUGUUAUAUACAAUGUUCAGCGACUUCGUGAAGGCCGAUCCUUUUCAACAAGAUUUGUUACAGCCACUCAACGAGGAAAACCCAUCUUUGUUUGUAGUUGUAGUUUCUCGACCAUUAGUAAUGCUGUCAAUGCCCAACAUUUUACCCCAAUGCCAAAUGAUGUCCCUGACCCUGAAUCUUUAUUGAGUGAAGAUGAACGCACACGACGAUUUUUAACUCAAGUAAAGGAUAUACCACCAGUUGUCAAAGAUAUGAUGGAAAAACGUCUGGCGGAAACGCAAGCUGUACUUUAUAAGGAUACAAUAUAUGAAGAUGAUCCUGUAGAUAUGAUUCGUGGUGAUGUAGAACCCAGAUCAAAUUCUCAAAGAUGGUUCAAAACUCGAGAAUUAGUAGAAAGUGAUGAUCCAAAAGUUCAUGCUGGUAUUAUUGCUUAUGCAUCAGAUGCUGGUAUUUUGGCUACAGCAGUUUAUGCAAAUGGUCUUGGCAUUAGUAAUAUCGGUAUGAUGGCUUCAUUAGAUCAUUCUAUUUGGUUCCAUCAUCCUUGUAGAGCAGAUGAAUGGUUGUUACAUGAUAUGCAUAGUCCUUGUUCUUCAGAAGGUCGUGGUACAUCUUUUGGUCGUAUUUAUACUCGUGAUGGAAUAUUGGUUGCUACGACUGCACAAGAAGGAAUCAUUCGCCUGUCAAAGAAGGAACAACGUCGACGACUUCAACAAAGUAAAUCGGAUUUGGAUAUAUCAACUGGUGUUUCCGAGAAUGCCAGCAAACUUUAGAUUUUCCCUCACUUUUUAUACUCUACAUAGAUUUUUUUUUUAUUAAUAUAUACGCAAUUAUAGACCUUUUUAUUCAUUUUAUCUAAUAAAGCAAC